AUGAUGUUAAGCUCUAUUUUAGGAAGUUCAGGUGGAGAAAAAGUCACAUAAACAUUUCGUUGUCAUGUUGUAUCCAUAGUUUUAGUAUGAAAUGUUUCAAUCCUAUUUAGCCUCUUAUAUUAUAUUUGAAUGCCCUACUUAAUACACUUAUUCACUGAGAAAAAAACCUACUCGAAAUUCGUUGAUUCAUAAAAACUUGAAUUGACAUUCAUGGAAACAUAUUUCUAAAUUUAUUUCAUGCCGAUAUAUUUGAAAACAAUACUGUGCGAAGCAGAAGUUUUCAAGACAUCUUUUUAAAACAUCUCCUUUCAUUGUUCAUUUCGAUAUAUCUUUUCUUUAAAGAAAAAUGUGCGUUUGCUGUAAGCAUUAUCAAGAUUGGAACAUUCAACUUGAAGUGAUCAGCGAAGAAGGUAAAAUUGAACGACAUCCAUACCACGUCGAAGUUGAAUCCGAUAAACAUGCAAGUUGCGGCUGCUGCCAAAAUGGUGUCCACAUUUUAAGUGUAAAUGAAGAAGUCAUAGCCAACGAGCUUUAUGACAACAUUUGUUUUCCGUUGUGUUGCGCAGGAGGUGAUUACGAAUGGCAAGAGAAAGGACAUUUUUUUCGUUUAGAGCUACCAUCUUUGUUUAUUCAUGAUGGUUUGUAUGUCGAUGGAAAAGAGUUAAAGAGUAGAAAAUUAAACACCAGCGAAUGGAAAUGCCAAUUUGCUAUUUGGUUGAUAUUGGGAAUUUUUAUGUUUUUGCUUGGGAUCGUUUUUGUUGGCAUAGAUCGAUCAGAAUGCUGUUGGGAGGGGUUCUUGUAUUUGGGAAUAAGUUGCUUAGUUACUGGUUUGUUGAUCUUUCUACCGGGAUUAAUUGGAUGUUUCCGAGCCGAAUCUCUUGGCCGAGAAUACAAAAAACUAAAAGAACAAAAGCGAAAAGAAAGUGGUAUACAUUCGACGAAGUUUUAAAGACGUUACGUCAUAGAAAAACGAAAACAGAAUUAGCGACUUAUCCUGAAAGCAAGCUUGGAUUAACGUUAUAUCUAAAGUAAAUAAUUCGCCAUAUUGUUAGGAGUAUAAAAAUAUUUUUUUUAAAAUUGAUAAAGUUUCUGACUCCUGGUACCGUCAGCCGAAAAGCUUUGUCAAUUUUUAAUAAAUAUUUUUAAUCUUUUUUUUAUUAUUAUACAGAAAUGCUGUUUCUAUGGAACUCUCAGAAAAUCACUGAUGAAUGUAUCAAUUUGAUACAAUGACGUGCUAAAUUCGCAUGCUUAGGGACUGUUUAUAUGUGAGGCAGGACGGGACGUUUGGCGAUAUCCCUCCCUUAUUAGUAAUUGUAUUAAAUAUUACUUUAUGUUUAUAUAAAAAAAAUUUGUUCUGGAAAGAUUUUGUCCAGUCCCGGAUAAGCGAAAUCCCCCUUCAGGCAAACGGAACUCGGCUCAGGCGGGAAUUUUAAUUCUACAUAAACACACCGUCCGACAUGAACGAGAUUAUUUAUCUGCAUAUUUUAAUUGAAAAAAAAAACAUCCCGGAACACUUUUUUCCAUAUGAACGCAGGAUAAAAAAUAUCCCGGCAAACGUCUAUUCCCGGCAUUCGUCCCACCCCGCCUUUCAUGUAAGAACUCCCCUCACUUGACAGAAUAAAUCUUAUAUUAUGUUAUUUAUAUUAUUUAAUAUAUAAUAAACGUUUUUUAUUUAAAGAAACCAAGCAUACUGCCAACUAUUAAAAAUAGCAAAAGUUU